AUGAAGUGCAUCGUUUGUUCGAACGAUUCGCGAAAAACCAAUAGUGAAACGAGUGACCAACACCGUGUUUCGUACCACAAGUUCCCGGUGCCCGGCGAGCAUUUCGACGGGUGGUUGAAAUUCUGCGGAAUCGAGCAACAUCAGCACAAACAGCGUCACUAUAUUUGUAGUAAUCACUUUACAGAACAUUGUUUCGAAGUACGGCUGUACACGGAACUAACGGGGAGCUCUAAGCGAAGAAUACUGAAAAAGGAUGCCGUCCCCACGAUUCGGAAUGAGUCGGAUAAAGCGCUGGAUAAGGGGGCAGUACGGAAGCGGAAGGAAAUGGUAGAAAAGCUACUCGGCGGAGAGAUUCCCGUUACGGAAGAUAUUGUCUCUCCGCUGCGGCCCUCGGCUUGGUGUGAGAAUAAGCUUGUGAAAGUGACCAAAGAGCGAAACUGUCUACUAGAGCGAAUAGAAACGUUGAAGCAGAAGCUCAGCGAACAGAGGGAUACGAUUUCUGCUCUAACGCGUACAAACGAGCAGCAGACGGAACGCAUCGAGUUUACGAAAAAGGAACUGGUAAACCUUGCGAUCUCAUUGCAGGAAGUAAAGGAUCAUGAUAGCAACGAAGUAACCAAGCGCGUUGAGCAAAUCCUUGCGGGACACUUCACCGAGGGGCAAGUGGCGGCCAUUUUGACCGGUUCGGGACCACUCAUAGCCGGUGCGGUGCGGUGGACGGAUGAUGACUUGUUGAAAGCGCUUGAACUGCGGUGCAUUAGUGCGGAAGCAUUCGACUACGUUUUGAACCAGCUGAACUACCCUUUUCCCGCGCCGCUUCAAAUCGCACAAUGGAUCCAGAGCGCGUAUCUAGCAACUGGUGUAAACGCAACGGCCUUUCGGUUGCUAAAGGCUUACGCACCGUUACUGCACAAUCCAGCCGAUCGCAUCUGCUCACUGAACUUUGUUAAAGUUGACGUGCCUGUACGCUACAGCUACGAUCGAGUGCGCGAUCAAAUAGUCGGCCCGAACGCACAGCUUCACUGUCUUUACGUGCAGGGCAUCUUUAGCCAAUGGAAGCAAAUCGUCCAUGUCGAUUUUGAUCUCGUGUACAGUGUCAAACUAGUUGAAAGAGUCGCAGAAAUGGUACAUGAAGCCGGCUACCGGAUAGCUGCCAUUACGAUGCCAUGCGAUCGCGAGACGGCCGACAUGUGGAACGAACUGGGAGUCAGUUUCCAAAAGCACUACAUUCGUCACCCGCUAACGGAUGACCCUAUCUACAUUUUUGCCUGCCCGGACACCAUACUCACCACCAUGCACCGGGUACUGCUCGACGGUGGGUUCGCCAUCGCGGAGAACAACGUGACGCUCACAAAGGAGGCACUGGUGAAGCUGCUGGAAUCGUACGAUCGACGAAUCCACGACCACAUCAAGUUCAAUGAAAGCCAUCUUGACACUGAGAUUCUAAACGAUGCUUUCAACACACUUCCAUCGCGGGUACUGAUAUCGCAUGGCACAGCAAACGCACUGAAAGUUCUUGCCGAAAGCGGCGAUGACACGUUUGCUUCGAUAGCGACACUUUUCGAUCUCUUCAGCGAUUGGUACGAGCUGUGUACAACGGUGUCUCCGCACGAGGAACACGUUCCCAUCACGCGGCUUCCGUAUGGUGCAUGCGAGGAUGAGCAGCAAAUUGUGCUGGAUGGAAUGGAAAAUGUUAUGGAAAGCAUGCGGUGUGUCGGCAGCGCAAACUACCACUACCUUCCUGAGGCGGUCCUCGUUUCUAUCGCUUCGACACGCAAGCUAUGGGCCGAUUUGCGCGUCCACUGUCCUCCGGAAACGAACGGUAUUCCCAUGCAACACUUGAGUAGCACACCUAUGAGCGAAACGCUUCUCAGCCUUCAGAGCGCCAUUACCGUUGCUUCAGAAACGCGUAUUCUUUCUACAGACGAUGCACUGUUUCAAUUGUGUCGUACGGUUGCGAGUGUCAAGCACGCAUCACACAUAUCCAACACUCUCCUGCUGGUGGUGCAACUUUCGGCAGAUGUUUCAGCAACUACCGGCCGCCCCGACGAUCCAUCCGAUCCGGAUGUCUACGGUGUAACGGAGCAGGAGGCAUGCGAGUUUUUGACCCAUCUGAUAGCGGAUCGGUUACGCCGAAUCCACGAGUAUCUCGGAGAACGAUCGUAUGCCAUCGAGCUGCAGAAUGACCAGUAUGUGUUCAUACCGGUUAGCGGAGAAGUUUCAAAAGUGACACCAUCGAAACUGUGGACGGCACAGGCAAAGCUGCUGGAAGUCGCGGUAGUCGAAGCGGUCUACCAUCGCAAGGCGUCGCUGGUGAAUGGACUGGUUGAUUCUAUCAGCAAACGCCACCCGAUGAUCGGGCGCGAUCUGAUAGAAAUGUAUGUCACCAAGCGGAUAGCGAUCAAACUGCAGUGUUUGAAUGCGGAACUGGAUGCGCUCGGGACCAGCGAUGUCACGUGGAUAACGUUGUAG